AUGAUGAAUAAUAACAACCAGUUCCACGACUUGUUCGGCUCUCAGUGGCCCCCAGACCAACACGGAGGGCAUUCGUCCGCCUCGACCAUGCUGCACCAGUCACAGGGUUUACCUCAAGGCAUGCAGCUGAAACGCGAACCUCAUACCGAUGUGCCCGGGAUGCACAAUCAGAUGGGGAUGGAUAUAUCAGGAUCUGUAGCCGACAGCACCUCCCCCCCACCUGGGAGCAGUGAUGGGAUGUUUGGAUCAUCUAUGUCCGGGAUGUUCAUGGAUAAGAAAGCCGCUAACUCCAUCAGAGUGGUGAACUACCAGUGCCCCCGAACAAAAGCGUGUGUGGUGGACCGUGUGAACAGGAACAGGUGUCAAUACUGCCGGCUACAGAAGUGUCUCAAACUUGGCAUGAGUCGUGAUGCUGUUAAAUUCGGGCGUAUGUCGAAGAAACAGCGUGAGAAAGUUGAAGAUGAGGUUCGGUACCAUCGAGCACAAAUGAGGGCGCAAGCAGAUACCGCGCCUGAUUCAGUAUACGAUACUCAGCAGCAAACGCCGAGCUCGAGUGAUCAAUUUCAUCAUUACAAUGGAUAUUCUGCAUACGGCUCUCCCCUGUCGCCGUACUACAACAACGUCGGUCCAGCGCUCACAUCAAACAUGGGGGGUAUCCAGCCCCCCACACAACAGCAACAGUCGUACGAAGCGCCAUCUGACUACGUGGACUCAACAACACCCAUUACCUACGAGUCCAAACAGACUGGGGGAUUCUUGGAUCCAGAUUUCAUCAGCCACGACGAGCAACAAAAAGGAACCACUAUCGUCCGACCAUCGGGAUCAACAUCAACCACCACAAUCACCACCCCCACGACGUCAAUGCGGCCGAGCGCAAUCAACGAAAUACCACGACGGAUACAGGAAUUUGAUCGCUACGAACAGGAAAGAAUCCAAUCGCCCGUCUCUAUCUCGAGCGGGGUGAUCAACAUCAAACAAGAGAUCAAACCGGAGACGUCUAUGGGUGUGGACAAUUUAGUAGCCAGCUAUGUGGACUCCACGACCUUCCUACAUAGCCCAUCCAAUAUCCAGCACAGUCCAAUGGAGAUCCAGAAUUCUGUUCUCGUCAGUGGACAAAGUUCAGUCUCAUUAACAAGUGAGGAUCUGAGUCCAGAUGACCUGACAUCCAGUAGUGGACACGGCCGGUUAAUGGACCCGCUAAAUAUGAAUAUGUCGGGGAUGGGGAUGGUGAAUCCGAAUGCAGUGUCGAACCGGAGGCAUCAAGGGUCGAGCCACAGUUCGAAUGAUGAUUUGCCGUGUUUCUUAUUAUAA